AUGGAGUCCAAGAUCCCCGAUUUCCUGGCCGAGCAGCAAGCAAAUGGCACCCCCGAGACCCAGACCUAUCUCCUCACCUUUGAAGACUUCUGGGAGCGCAAGCUAUGGCAUCAGUUGACAGACGCACUGGUUGAAUUCUUCAAACUGCCAGAGAGUGCCCCGCAGCGUUUAGCCUUCUUCAAGAACUUCGUCCUUAGCUUCGCCGACCGGAUCAACCAGCUCAAGUUCGUUGCGCUGGGUUUGAUGGCCGCGACGGAGUGUGCCGAUGAUAAAGAACGCCUCGCUUUCCUCACAUCCCUCGCCGACAAGGUCGACAAGCCCGAAUCACAAGAUGCACACGUCUAUGCGCUUGCCGAUGUUGCCAAUGUCAAACUGAAGCUGGAGGAUCUGGAGGGGGCACAGAAGGACCUGGCGUCCUGCCAAAAGGCACUCGACUCGUUCGACUCAGUCGAGACCGUGGUGCAUGCGUCAUUCUACAAAGUGAACGCGGAUUACUUCCACGCUAAGCAAGAAUUCGCCUCUUUCUACAAAAAUGCCCUUCUGUACCUGGCCUGUAUCGAUCUCGAAGAUCUCCCUGAAACGGAGCGCGUCUCCCGCGCCUAUAACCUCAGCGUCGCCGCUCUGGUCUCCGACUCCAUCUACAACUUUGGAGAGCUUCUCCUGCACCCGAUCCUGGAUACUCUGACCCCAACACCGCACAACUGGUUGCGUGAGCUGCUCUUCGCUUUCAACCGCGGCGAUCUGGGCGCCUACGACGUGCUCGCCGGAAAUAUCAGCAAGAACAAGCUACUCGAAUCGCACCGCGUCUUCCUGUACCAGAAGAUCUCUCUCUCCGCGCUGACGGAGAUGGUCUUCCACCGCCCACCCCAUGACCGUUCCCUUUCCUUCGAUGCUAUCGCCUCUGAGACGAAGGUGCAGCCUGAUGAGAUCGAGCACCUGGUCAUGAAGGCUUUAUCCCUAGGAUUGUUGAAGGGUUCGAUUGAUCAGGUGGCGCAGGUUGCACAAAUCCAUUGGGUGCAGCCCAAGGUACUGGAUCUCAAGCAGAUUGAUGGCAUGCGGAACCGUUUGAAAGACUGGGAUGCCGGUGUUAAUCAGCUUGGUCACUGGAUCGAGGGCGUUGGCAAGGAUGUCUGGGCUGCAUAG